UUCGGAAAAUUCUCGAUCGCUACCUUGACAACUGUUUGUUUUUGAUUGGCUGAAAAUUUUCAGGAAAAUCAAAUUCCUCUGAGUAAGGAAUUAUUCGAUUUCUGUGCAUCGUUUAAAUUCUAACAUACAAAGCAAUAAGUGUAUAAAAUAUAUUUAAAGAUGGCUUUAUUUAGCCGUAGAGUAUACCUUUUUGGUGCCUUACUGGUGUUAGUAAAUGCAACGGGUGUGGUGCAUGCCGACAGUGAAGAUGCUGACGACGAAGCUACCGUGGAGACUGUGGAAGAAGAGAACCAGUAUGUUAGUCCUAAAAUAAGUCCAGAAAAAGUGUACCUAGCUGAACACUUUGAUGAUGAGGCCUCCUUUAAGAAGAAAUGGGUGAAGUCUGAAGCUAAGAAACAGGGUGUUGAUGAGAACAUCGCCAAGUAUGAUGGAAAAUGGGAGAUUCAACAACCCAGCAGGAAGAUCUUUAAAGAGGACCUUGGUCUAGUGUUGACCACUGAAGCCAAACAUGCCGCCAUAUCUACCCUGCUUGACAAACCAUUUGAGUUCAAAGAUAAACCAUUCAUUGUUCAAUAUGAAGUCACUAUGCAGGAAGGUCAAAACUGCGGCGGUGCCUACAUUAAGCUUCUUUCCCGUGGUACAAACACUAAGGCCGAUCUCCGCAAGUUCUACGACCAGACGCCCUACACCAUCAUGUUCGGCCCCGACAAGUGUGGCAAUGAUAACAAACUGCACUUCAUCUUCAGACAUAAGAACCCUAAGAACGGAACCAUUGAGGAGAAACAUAGCAAGAAACCUUCUACACGUCUAGAUGACAUCUACAAAGACAAGGAACCGCAUCUGUACACCCUGAUUGUCCGUCCGGAUAACACGUUCAGCAUACAGAUAGACAACAAGGAGGUGAACUCUGGUUCUCUCUUAGACGACUUCACUCCUCCCGUAAACCCACCAGAAGAGAUUGAUGACCCCAAUGAUAAGAAGCCUGAAGAUUGGGAUGAGAGGGAAAAGAUUGUGGACCCAUCAGCAACUAAGCCGGAGGACUGGGACGAGGAUGCGCCCGCGCAGAUCAUCGACCCCAACGCCGUCAAGCCCGACGGCUGGCUCGACGAUGAACCUGAAAUGAUUCCCGAUCCCGAAGCCAAGAAACCUGAAGACUGGGACGAGGAAAUGGACGGAGAGUGGGAAGCACCUCUUAUUGACAACCCCAAGUGUGCUGCCGCGGCUGGCUGUGGUGAAUGGAAACCUCCCACCAUACCCAAUCCCAACUACAAGGGCAUCUGGCGGGCGCCGCUGAUCACGAACCCCAACUACCGCGGCAAGUGGACGCCCAGGCGCAUCCCCAACCCGCACUACUUCAAGGACGAUCACCCCUUCCGGAUGACGCCUAUUCACGCGGUAGGCUUCGAGCUGUGGUCGAUGUCGCCGAUGCUGCUGUUCGACAACCUCAUCAUCACGGACGACGUCGCCGUCGCAGACCAGUGGGCUCGGGACACAUUCGUGCUCAAGAAGGCUAAGAUCUCUAGGGAUUCUGACUCGGUAGUGGACCGCGCUCUGAAGUACGCGGGCGACAACCCGUGGGUGUACGCCGUCGUUAUCAUCGGCUCCUUCCUAUUGGUCGGACUUAUUGCGUACGCGUGCUUUGGAUCUAAAUCGGACGUGGAAGCUGACAUAAAGAAGACAGAUGCAGUGGCUGAAGACGACCCUCACCAGUCGGACGCUGAGGAGGAGUCCCGCGAGGAGUUAGAGCGUCCCAGCAAGGCGGACCUCGAGGGACCUGCCGCUGAUGUGGAACCAGAAAACCUUGUUACCUCUACUGAAGACACUACGCCACUAGUGGACACAGACGGCGCCGGCGACGGUCAGAGGAAACGCAAGCCUCGUAAGGAGUAAUACGUGAGCGUUGUAUAGUUCAAAUGUAACGUGUGUGUGUGUGUGUGUGUGUGGCUGUAGCGAUGUGUGCGGGGACGUGACGUCAUCACGCGUCUGCGGCGGUAGGGUACUUGUGUGUUGAGCUCGGAAUUCAAAUUUGGAAUUGUUUUUUUAUUUUUUUUAAGAAGUAUUACACAAAAAGGUUGUUAUGCUAUUGCGGAACUUGUUAGUAAAGGACCAAAGAGUGUGAAGGAAGACCAAAGUUAGUUUGAUAAAAUAACAUGUUGCUACGAUUGCUAAACAUUUAUUUUUCAUAGAAUAGGAAGGCAAAAUUAAUCAAGUAACAUCUGUAAAACUUUAUGGACUGUAUAUUUGUUUCUGUAUCUAUGUUAAUUUAUUUAACUUGAAAUUAGCCUAGUUAGCUUCUAAUAGAAAAUUAUACAUACCUUGUUUGGAGCUGACUCAACAUACAAGUGUGUAUCUGCCUUCUCUGGACUCUUUCUUUUAUGUAGUUAAGCUAUAUUAUUAGACUAAUAUAUUAUAGAAAAUUAUAUUCUCGUCUGUCUUUCUUGCCCGUAAAACUUAUUUUUUCGCGGUUUCCUUCUAUUUAAGGACUUAAUAAUAACUUCUUGGUAUUUAUAGAAAUAUGGUAUAUCAUAAUAAUAUUCUACUAUUUUUACAUACAAUAGGAAUGUCGAAGGUAUUAUAUUUAAUAGUGUUUAGUAGAUAGAGUAGAGCAAUAAUUUAUUCGAGCAAAUAAGGUAUAUUGUGGGACGAAUUUACAUCAAGUAUGUCAUAUUUUCUUCAUGUUGUUUAGUAUUACGAACAGAAUAUUCUGGUUGAACGUACUGGCUUUAUGUGUGCGUUAUAAUGUGUAGAAUAUUUUAAAACAAGCUGUUAUUAUUUCGUCUUCACAGUACAAUAUAAAUUCACGUGUAUUUUCCUAUUGUGUACUGCCAAAGAACUUCAGCGUCUUUAUUUUAACAUGUGACCAAUAAUGUAGUGAACAAAUGUUGAAAGAACUUACGUUGCAUUUUUAUAUUAUACACUGUAUGAUAUUGAUAAAGUAUUUAUUUCAUAUCGGUACAGUCGUCUACGGAAGCGGUUUGUCACUUAACUUCCACCUUCUGUCACAAAUUCACUUUUCACAUGUUCUGUUGUCGACUGUACUCUGAAAACAUGUCCGCAUUGCGUGUUCAUUGAUUUUUGUUAUGAAUUUCGUUCAUAAAUGUUAUAUACUUUUAUGUGGAAUAUAAUAUAAUAAAAUAUGUGGAAUAAGUAGUUUAUUUUUUGUAUUUUUUUCGUUGGCACGUUGUGGGUUCCGUAUGAGAGGUUUAUCUGUAUAUAAUUUGUCGGCUUAUUAUAUUAUUAGUGAAUUCUGAAGAUUUUUGUGCGACAAUUUCUUUUACAUUUUACUUAUGACUAUGUACAUUUAGAUAGAAACACAUUGCUUAUUAUCGAGUAUUAACUUCGUCGUAUUGUGUAAUAUACUUGAAUUUUCACUAAUAUAUACUUGUCUUAGGAUCGUGCUCAUGCUGUGCUCGAUUUAUGAGUUAACAAUAAAGUACAACACUUAUUAUAUUUGGAAUUCUUAUUUUCCCGUAGCAGAAUAACACUGCUAAAUAGGUUCCUUCUAAUAAUAACAUUAAAUCGGUGAUGCAGUCACUGCCGAUUCAUCAUAAACUAGAUUCUUCAUUUAUUUUGAUAUACCAAGACCUCGUAAAUUUCGAUACUUGAACAAAAUAUUACAAUAUUUUUUCAUUGCUUCACAUAUUAAUUUAAAUGAAAUGAGCACGAUCCGAAAGUGCUUUGGACUCACAGCCUUCCUAAAUGUUUCAAGUAACUUACGUUUAGCAGGUUAACGUAAAGUUAUAUCAAUAAGGCCCUUAACUCGUAUUAAAUAAAAAGAUUCAUAAUUAUUGUGGUCAUAUAUAGUUAAAAUAUUAAGGGGCAAUGUCUUAGCGUAAUUUAUUUACAAGGGCGAUUGUCAAAACUAUCACCAUUGUCGUGUGUUUACAAAUUAAAAAAAGUAGUUAAAUAAAAUUAUGCAGGUAUUUUUUAUAUUUAUUUUUCACAUUCCAACCUUUAUUUUUAUGACAGUAAGAUGCAUUUUCGGAAGUUUCUUUUGUAUGAGUUUCUAAGCUGUGAGUCCAAAUGUUAUCCCAACACGACGGUUAUUUUGGGCAGCUGUAUAAUUAUAAAUAACGCUUUAGUCUCGAUGCUUUUAAUUUCCUAAGUACGACUCUGUGUGAUACGUGAAGUUAAUGGACUGUAAUUUAUAUGGAUAAUAAACUGAAUUAUUUGUA